UGAGCCCGCCGAGUCUUACUGUUUACACAACGCGAUAAUCCCUCAUUUAGAACUAUAAAGUGCUUCCUUGCACCAUCCCCUGGAUACUACAUCAUCAACUACUAUUAUAAACUUCUAGCAGUCGCCCGGGCAUCAGCGUGUUUUACAAUAGCGCCAGCUAUCUAUUUCCACGUUCCCACGAAAGAUAAAUCCCUUAGAGCACCGAGAUACAGGCUCUCUAUCUACAGAUUAUUCACCAUGUCUGAGCAUGUUUAUAAGUUUAACGUCAGCAUGAGCUGCGGCGGUUGCUCUGGGGCCGUAGAGCGUGUGUUGAAAAGACUGGAUGGGAUCAAAUCUUACAAUGUCAACCUUGACUCCCAGACCGCCGACGUCGUGACCGAGCCCUCCGUCUCGUAUGAUACUGUGCUGGCAACGAUCAAGAAGACAGGGAAGACUGUGAAUAGUGGGGAGGCAGAUGGACAAACAAUGAGUGUUUAAUAUCCAAGGAGGGUUACCUAUAGAGGAAGAGGUGUAUUAUUGACACGCCUGGUAGAUGUGUCUUAUUUAACUAACGACUCGGUAUGAAAUCGACAAUUAGGCUAGUAUCUAGUUUCUAUAGGGAUCUUGAUAAUUGUUAAAAUAUGCAGCAAGCAACAGGGAAAUAAAUCAUCCCACAAUAAUGAUUAAUAUUGACUUGAAAUCUUCAGGGGUAUCUUUGCGUUCAGUUCACUAGAAACAAAUAAUUGAGCUGACCACUUGUGGAAAACAUCUCCUUACUCCAAGUUCCGACUCCCCCAACCUUAACCCAAUCGACUUAGUCCACUAUCACAAUACUCUUUCCAUCUGCCACGGGAUGAGGGCGCUGUAGAUUCUCUCUGCUCCCUGUGACGUAUGGAGAAUAACGGUGUGCGAUCACCCAGUCUGGG